ACGUGUGCUAGUAUCCAGAAAAUUUGCAGUUCGUUGUCUUCCAUUUGCGAACUGCAGUUGCAAAUUUCAGGAUGGACGAUGAUUGCCUCUGUGGGAUUUGGCCAUACUGCUUUGGAACCAUCUGCAAAGGGAUUAUCGAGCGUGGCUAGAGAAAAGAAAGGACAACAGACGUCGGGAAGAACAGAUGUGUUACGCCGGGAGGAAUCGAUUCGAUUUUCCACGGCAAAUAUUAAAUCCACAGGCAGCCUCGUCAACAUCGCAUUUGUCGCUCACGUACGAAGGUUAAUACCGCCGAAUUCUCGUAAUGCGAUCGAAAGGGACCAAGAAAAAGAACAAACGGACAGAAGAGGAACGAGAAAGGGACGAAUAAAAAGAUCUUCGGUCGAGAAUCGAAAUAAAAUUUGUCCAAAAUGAAUAAACUAUUCUACGGGGCAACGACUUUCGCGAAAAGUUAACGAGUAGCGAAACAAAGGCGACGACGUCGAUGAAAACAAAUGAACCGACGACAAUCUUAACGAGGCGCUAUUCCUUUGCAAACAAAUGGCAAGAUUCGAGGAAUGUCGUCCAUUGGAUGUGCAAAAAGAUCGCGCAGCGUGUAAAUAUCGUUGGAUAGAAAGCGGAUAAGAAGGAAG